UCUAUGUUUUUUGUUUUUGUUUUUGGGUUUCAGUAUUCCACAUCAAAACAUCAUGUAGUGUACGGGGCAUUAAAGUGUCACUGCCCAAUCCCAGCUACCUAUCCCUGUACAUUACAGAAGUCACGGGAUCUGGCCCUUCCGGGUGGGGGGGGCGCUCUCUUGCUGCCUGGCAGUGGGUGCUGGAGGGUGCUUUCCUAGCCGUUCCAAGCUUUCCAGGUUUGAAUCGGUCCCGGGCUCUCUCUCUCUCAUCUUGUCUGAUUUAUUAAUCUCAAUUGCAAUUAAAUUGUAUCUAUUGUGUUAUCUUGUAUUCCAAUAUUAUAGUAAAAUAAGUUUUCCUCCAUAGAUUGUUGCCGCUGUUCUUUUCCUCCCUUCCUUCCUUCCCAUUUUUGUGGGACUGGGGUGGGGAGGGGGGAGGGCAGAGGCCUGUCGCCCCUGUCACGGACAUAGAUUGAUCUGGUCAAAUCCGUGACAGAUUUUUGGCGCCCAACGUGGGGCUCGACUGCUUUUUAACUUUUUGAACGAAUCUCUUUUUUUUCUCUGCUCUUAGAGAGCUUCGUUAGGGAGCAUUAUCAGUAGUUCAGGUUUCUGUGCUGGAAAACCUGACCUUGAAAGAUUAGGCGUACUGCCAGUGUUCUGGGAUAUUUGUAAACUUUGAGCACUACUUAGUCUGAGUAGUGCCUUUUUUCUUUUUUUUUUCCCUCCUCUUGUUAGUUUCAAUUCAUUAACCCUUUUUUAGCAAGCACCAGCGAUGAACCCACUCGUUAUCGUGGGGGUGCUGGGUAAAGGAUUUAAAGCAAUGGUGUUAGUCACAACCUACUGGCCAAUAAUCCAUCUCACACUUGUGUGUUUUGGAAUUGCAUCCGUAUAUAACUAUCUAAGGGCACUGAUGGAGACACCUAUGUUUUACCUAUUUGCAAUGUGGUAUGAUUUGAACUUUGACAUCUACAUUCCAGAAGGAAUGGCUAAUUUCACAAACAACUACAUCCCAGAAGGAAUGGCUAAUUUCACAAACAACUACAUCCCAAAUGGAAUAGCUAAUUUUACAAACAACACGAUGUUCAGACCAGUCUCCGGGUUUUCUUCUCGGUUUGUCAAACGUUUUUUGAAUCCUGAAUUAAUAGUCAUGUUGGUGUGCGUGUCAUCAAUUCUCCUGAAUGUAUUCUUUAUUUGUAAUAAGGGGAAGGAGUCUUCUCCAAAACUAGAGAAUGAUGACUGGCAGGGGAUAUGGAGAGGUUUAGGAAAGGUCUUAGAAGCAUGGGGACCCGCAGUGUCAUGGGAUUUUACUCUUGAACACCUGUGGGAUCCUGAGAAACUAAGCCAGUAUUUGAGUCAGGGACUAUGCGGCUUACAUAAAUCUAAGGAGGUACAACUUAUUUGGGGUUUGGCUUGUGCUUACCGUGCCCUAUAUAAUACCAUUCGGGAGAGAGAGAGUUUCCGAGCUGAGGUUCAAGCCAAAGGGGAAAAUCCCCAAGUCAAAUCUAAUCAAUCACAGGAGACACCAGUAACAAUACCGGUUGCUCCUGUGGAGGGCAAGAAAUGGAAACGAGUGUCUUCGCGUCUUGAACGAAAAAGAGAAGAAGAGGAGGAGGAGGAGGAAGAUCCAGGCGAGGGGCCCUCCUCAGAACCACCACCAUCGCGAAAGGCAAAAGCGAAAACUAAGAGACAUGCAGAAGAGAGUGAUGAAGAGGAAGUCUCUAUUACUACUCGCCGGCCUCUAAAGAUGACUGAAAUCCAAGGUUCAAGAAAGGAGUUCACACGGCGCCUGAAUGAAAGUAUUGUUUCCUGGUUGGUUCGCUGUUGGGACAGUGGGGCCCAUAGCUUGUCUCUGGAUGGUAAUGAAGCUCGCCAACUAGGUGCCAUUGCCAGAGAUCCAGCUAUUGAUAGAGGAAUUAGUCGAUGUUCGGAUGAGGCUGCCUCCCUCUGGGAACGAGUGUUAACAGCUGUGAAGGAAAAGUAUCCCUUCAAAAAUAGCUUGAAGAUUGCAAUGAAAAAAUGGGAUACAGUUGAAAAGGGUAUCCAGUAUUUGAGGGAAAUAGGCGUGGUGGAAAUGUUGUAUGACCCUGACUUUGUUCCUAACCACCCACAACAAAACCGCGACCCUGAAAGAGUGAGGACAACGCCUGAGAUAUGGCAGAAAAUUGUGACAACAGCGCCGGACAAAUAUGCCGCUACACUAACGUCAGCGUGUGACAGAUACCAGGAACAACAGAGAACGCCCUUAAUUUAUGAAUUAAUUGUUACGCUUCAAAACUACGAACAAUUGCUGUCUCCAAUUCAUUCUGCCGUUGCUGCAAUAUCAAGAAUGACAGAGCAAGUGUCUCAACUGAUUAACCGUGACAAACCUGUAGCAGUAUCAGAGACGCUGGAUGAAGAUCAGGAUAAUCAAAUGAGUCUAGCGAAGGAGGUGAAGGAGAUGAAGGAGAUAAUCCGAGCCCACCUAACUAAAGACGAUAAACCUUCCUUCUUACGUGCACGAUCAAAAAUCUCAGCUGUUAGAGGCAGACGCUCUCCGGCUCAAGUAAGGAAUAAUGCACCGCGAAUUACCUUAUGGUAUUACCUACGUGACCAUGGAGAAGACAUGGGGAAGUGGCACGGUCAACCUACUCCUGUACUACGAGCCCGGGUGAAAGAAUUACAAGGCAGAUCUACCACCAGUGCAGUUGCUCCAGUUACCACAGGUAAUGAAUAGAGGGGCCCUGCCCUCAGUCGGGGGGGGAAAGGGAUAAUAGAGUAUAUUGGACUGUGUGGA